AUGCUGUUCUUUCUGAAUUCACUAGCUUUUUCUGACCUGGGUAAGUACUGUCAAGCGCCUAGAAAAUCAUUCAGCUUCCCAGAUGAUAAAAAGCUACUUCAUGUCUCUGUUCUUAUUAGACACGGCCACAGAACGCCAGAAAAACCACAAUUACCAAUGAGUGCUCGUGGACAUUGGGAAUGUGAUGAUGCGAACGCUCCAGCACCACGUUCUGAAGGAGGUCCAUCAAAAUUUUAUAGAUAUUAUGAUCAAAUUCUCGAUCCAGAAAUGAUUGAUUACCCGCCAAGCUGCCGUGCCGGUGAUUUGACAAUAGUUGGUCAACAGAUGCAUAUUGAUCUUGGUGCAGCAUACAGGAAAUUCCUUGUUGAUGAAAAACACUUUUUACCACAGAAAAUGGAUCCAGCUCUCUUCGAUUUUUACACAUCUCCCAUUGAACGAACAUUCCGCAGUGCCGAGUCAUUCAUCGAUGGUCUUUAUCCACCUCUUUCCGACAAUGAAGUCCUUACAAUUAUUUCCGGCACAGCUGCAGCCGCUCCAUUGAAUCCAAGUGAAACGAACUGUGAGCAAAUGAAAGUAGAGCGUGAUGCUUUCCUCGCAUCCGACGAUUACAAGAAUUUGGUCACCGGAAUUUGGCCAGACAUCAAAGAUGCCACACAACAGUACUUCCACGUCAUGGAACCAACAGUUGAUGGUGUCCAUUUGAUUUGUGGCUGGGCCGUUGCAUUCAACUGCAGUGUUGGAUCGCAAGUUCCUGUAUUUAUGGAUGACAAGUUCAUGAAUGCAUGCAGGAAGGAGAACAGAUACUCACAAUGGGGAUUAUUCGCAUAUCUUUCUAAUCAUUCUGUUGCAGGAGCCCCAAUUUACAGACACAUCCUUAAAGUUGCAGAAGAUGGCAUGAAGAGUGGUAAGAAAUUUGCAUUACAGAGUGCACAUGAUACAACACUUGCUGCAUUCCUUACUUAUCUCGGCGUUCCUCAGGAAGAUGUCACUCCAUACGCUUCACAUGUCGCUAUCACAUUCUGGGAAGAUAACAGCCAGAAUAAGUACAUCAAGAUUUCACUGAAUGGCAAUGAUCUCAUCAUGCCAGGCUUUGAAGGAUCUCCUUACGUUGAAUACUCACAGUUCAGGGCUAAAUACAACCAAUUCCAGGACUUCUGUCCCGAAAUUGCUGUAUAA